AUGGAAGGAAACCGGUUUCAAAGCAGCUUCAAUGGUGACUUUAGCCGCAGCGGCAGCGAAGGAGAGAGCACGGGUGGGAUUGAGGAGAUACAGACACCCUUGCGAGCUGGAUCCUCAUCUGAUAACUCGCAGAGAGAUUCCCCAUCCAGACAUUUAGGGGAGAAGGUCUUCGUCGCCGUGGGGAAGGAGUUCAAGGAGAGCAAGUCUGUCCUGAUGUGGGCUCUGCAGAACUUUCCCAGGGACAAAAAAAUCGUCCUCGCCCACGUCCAUCGUCACGACCAGAUGAUUCCCAUGAGUACGUUCUUCUACUUCUCCUUUUUCUUUAAACCUCGAAGAAGCCUACACAUAGAGCAGGAAUCCAUGCUGAUCCUUGCAUAACCUAGGAUCCUUGCAGAUCCUAGGAGUGGCACGGCCACCUGUAUUUUUAGCUGUUACUCAUGUUGUAUAAUCUAACGACAUCUAUGGAUUUCUAAGCAUUCCAAUUAGUUAUAUUUCAUCUCACGCGGUAACUAUUCUCUUAAUCAUCAUUAGUCCUUGCGGGGAUGUGGUCUUAUAAGGUGAUACUGCUUAAUUUCUUGUUUCCCAAAGGCACAGGACAAUUCCCUUUGAUCUGUUCAAGCAUCAAGAAUGCUGUCUUACUGAAUUGCAAAACAAUCACAGACUCCUUGUCUUUGGUGUUUUAUAUAGACUGGACAUGGCAACAAGUUCGAUCCUUGUCUUAAACUGCAGCUAAGGAAAAAUAUAAGAAUUCCGGAAUGGUUUAUCCUCAUUAUCCAGUUUCUGUCCUUAUGACGAUGAGAUUCAUAAUAGUGUAUUUAGUGCCAUAUAUUUAUUUAUUUAUUGCGUUCUGUCUGAAUCCAAAAUUUUGUACGACUUUAGUAACGAAGGCCUUAUUUUUUUUAGUGGGCGCGAAAUUCCCAGUAAGCAAGCUAUCUGGGCCGCAAGUUGCUGCGCACAGAAAACUAGAAGAAGACAAGAUGAACGAGACCCUAGAGGAGUAUCUGGCCAUUUGUGCAGCCGCGAAGGUGAAGAUGAUUUCUUGUCUUAUCUUAAUCUCCGAUAGAAUAAAUUGCAAAGAAAAAUCACAAAGCAGGCUUAACAUAAUAUAUGUUACCAUUCUCUGAUAAUCUUUGAACUACGAAGUAGGCCACCCGAUAUAGUUUAACAGAAAAAUUUUGGUUUUUGACUUAACCUUAUAUCUUUUAUGUUUCUAGUUUCGAGCAGAAAGGUUGGUCAUUAAGAAGGAUGAUGUUGCAAAAGGGAUUCUAACAUUGAUCAGACGUGAAGUUAUUACCAACCUUGUCAUGGGAGCUGCCUCAGACAGGAACUAUUCGAAGUAUGUGUCUUUGAGCUUAAUGGAGAGUUUUUCAUCUUUUAGUUCUAAUUUCAUAGUUUCGUUUCAUGAGCUUUUAUUAUCGGUGUUGAUAAGUUGGCCCACUAUUAAAAACCCUGUUCUGAUAAGAAAAUAAAGUAGUAGAAAUGACGAUUUAGUAAAGGAAAUGUAUCCAGAAUAGGCGGCAUCUAAGUUACUCGUAUUGAACAUUAUAUCGACUGGUUUCUGUCAUAGACAUGCCAUAUAAUGCGUUUGUGUUAUCGUGAAGCUUACAUUUUAUCCAGGUCAUAAGUAAAUGACAUUGAGAUUCCUCUGCAUGCUAUUAAAUUCAUUAGAGGUGAUAUGCGCUCUCCAUGAAUACCCAUAUUAUGUGGCUGACCGUGAAAAGAAAUAUAUCUGCUUUCUUUGUCCGCAAAGUGUUCUUCUCCUCUGAUCAAUUUGUCUCCGAAGUAAUGAGUAAUUUGGGUAAUAUAUAUGACCCGAACUUCGUAUUUAUCCCGUUUUGUGAUUUCUGCUCUCAGAGUGGAAUUGUCAAUCCUUUUAAUUUCGGGAAGAUUCAACGCGGAUCGCUGUCCCCCACGGAAUAGAACAGCAAAUGCAAGAGAUUUGUGACUGGAAUCAUUUUUAUUUGUUGCGUUUUUCUAGUUCUCCGAGAAAAAUAUAAGCAGGAAGACCUGGCUGAUCGCUCAAAUCACUCAUGCCCCAUGAUCCUAUUAUCCCAAGUUCAUCUCGACGAUUUGCCAAAGCGAUGUGAAGUACAGAUCGAUGGAUGCAAGAUCAUAUUUUCACUCAUCGUGCUACCCAGAGAGUUCGUAGAUCAAGAGAUUAUAGGUGGUGCAAAACCUUAGAUAAGAAAUGAAAACACAGCCUUUUUCUGCCUGCCCUGAUGUUAAUUACGUGGAGUGGAAGCAUGAUAUGAUGCGAUUCUUUUUUUACAUCUUAUUCAGUUGAUGUGAUAAUGCGAACCUCCUCUCUAACAAGGAGGAUAUUCUGUUUAUAUUUAUUUCUUCUGUUCAUUGAUAAGAUUUGUCAACAAAUUCACUUUCCCUCUCCAAGACAGACAUUAACAGAAGAACUUGAUGUUUUUUUCUUCCCAUCUACGUUCAUUAGUAAAAGUUUUCCACUGCUGACUUACUUCUUCCUGACGCUGUAUUUGACAGAAAGAUGAGAUCGCCCAAGUCCAAAAAAGCGAAAACUGUACACGAAGAAGCUGCUUCAUGGUGCCGCAUAACGUUUGUCUGCAAAGGAAACCUUAUAUGUGUCAGGUAAAUUAAGUUUCCUCGUGUAGGCGUCCUUUUCAGAUUAUAAGUCUGGAGUUAUUUGCCUAGAAACCAUGGGUUUUUUGUUUCGUGGGCGCAGUUCAAGGUGUGGCCAUGGUUUGUCCUGAAUAAAUCCCACGUUUUAGAAGGUAUCCUGGCCAAUCCUGAUAAGCCCAUAACAAGCCAGCGAGGAUUUAGCAAUUUGGGGUGAAAUAUAGUGAGAGAUGCUAAAUAAUUUCUCGAUUUAUCUGCAUGCCACAGGUUAUUAAUGUGAUUCAUAAAUUGAUCCUGGGAAGAACCUCCAAUUAUUAUGGUGUGGAGAAUGUUCACCACUUGGUCGAGAAAUCAUAUAAAAAUGAGUAAUUUCAUAAGUAUUUUCAAUACCCGUGUAGUGGUCAAACCUCCUCUUAUGGUCGCGAGACUGUUAUAUCCCUACGGUGUAUACAAGAUAUUUCCAGCUCAUAGGAGUAUCCGCAGUAUUUUUCCAAGCUAGGGGUGGCGUCUUAGACAGAAUUGUUCUCUUUCCUCUAAGAUUGUCUGUGCUUACUAGAAUCGUGCAUUGGAAACAGGGAAGCUGGUCUUGAUGAUGGAAACACGGAAGCAAGUUCAGGAUCCACCUCCUCCCAACCCGGUUCAGUGAGAGGAACCUUGCCAGAGAGGCCUCAACUCCCUACAAGAGAGGAAGCUGAGAGGCUCAGGUCGAGAUCAGAGGACCUUCGCCGGCGAGAAAUCCCGGUCGCCAACCCACGAGCGGAGCCCACGAGAGUCUCUUCUCUCAACAUCCCAAGGACGGAGAUGGUCGGCCUAAACCUCUGGGAUAGAUGGCCGGGGGAAGAUUCUCAGCGUUCCGACAGUUCUUCCCGCUCAGCAUAUUAUGAAGUCAACGGUCCCCCUUCACCUUCGGCGCCCAGAAUUGAGGAGUCUCUCGCUUUGCCGUCAUCGUCUGAACUCGAAGAGGGCAUUCCGCCCUUGUACCCACUGGACAUCCAGGUGCGUCCUUUUUCGGAUUCUUUCUUUUUCCUUUUAUUAUUGCUCCUCGGACCUUAAGAAAUCGUCGCAAAUGGCACGCAUUAAACCUUCAUGCAUGAUGCUAGACCCAUAAAUAACCCACUUUUAAAUAAGUUUCUGGGGCAAGAUAAUUCUUGCUCAUUUGGAGUUCAUUUACAUGGCCAUCGCUUCGGUCCGAUUUAUCGGUUCGCUUUCAGGAGGAUGGCAUCACUCACGAUGACUUGUACGAUCAAGUUCAACAAGCCCUGGCGGAAGCAGAGAAUGCGAAGAGAGAAGCUUACGAAGAAGCGUGUAGGCGCCAGAAAGCUGAGAAGGAUGCGCUUGACAGAGCCCGCAGAGUGAGUUCCUCUUUCACGGGCACCGACUUGAGCAAUCGUAUCUUGUGUCGUCAUCGAUAGGAACCCUGAUUGAACAGGUUAUAACGCUGGCGAACAUGCAUGAGAGAGAGUCGAAACAGAGGAGAGAUGCGGAGGCGGCGCUGGCAAGGGAGACGCAGGAGCUGGAGAAGCUUAAAACUGAGAACCUCGACGCCCGCCAGAAGCUCUGGGAGGCGGGCGAGCGGAGAUCCGCUCUUGAAGCUCAGGUCGCCCAGGCUGAGACUGAGAUCAGGAUUCUCGAGCAGAAGCUGGAGGAAGCCGAGCUCCAGAUACGCUCCCUCCAGAGGGACCAACAGGAGCUGCGCCAGGAGCGAGACGACGCCCUCAGAGAAGCGGCGGAGCUGAGCGCCGUCCCCCGCGGAGCCCCCGGUUUCUCAGUGUUCACCUACCAGGAGCUCGAGCAGGCCACCCGCGGCUUCGACGACUCCCUCAAGAUCGGAGAGGGCGGCUACGGCAGCGUCUACAGAGGCGUUCUCCGCCACACCACCGUCGCCAUAAAGAGGCUCCAUCCCCAGGGAACCCAGGGCCAGGCUGAAUUCCGCCAAGAGGUAAAUAAUAAUAAUAAUAAUAAUAAACCUUUAAAAGCAGAAACCCUUAAACUAUUGCUUCCUGUUGAUCUCUCCUUCUUCCUUCCUUUCUUUCAGGUGGAGAUUCUGAGCAGAAUGAGGCACCCGAACCUGGUGACGCUCAUCGGAGUUUGCCCAGAGGCCUGGUGCCUGGUAUACGAAUUCCUCUCCAACGGGAGCCUGGAGGACCGCCUCACCUGCAAGGACAACUCCCCGCCGCUACCCUGGCAGGCCCGCACCCGCAUCGCCGCCGACAUCUGCUCCGCCCUCAUCUUUCUCCACUCGAGCGCGCCCCACAGCGUCGUCCACGGGGACCUUAAGCCAGCCAACGUCCUCCUCGACUCCACCUUCUCCUCCAAACUCGGCGACUUCGGCCUCAGCCGCCUCCUCUCCCACUCCAGCGCCUUCUCCUCCUACACCACCCUCUGCCACCGCACCGCCCCCAAGGGCACCAUCAUGUACAUGGACCCUGAGAUCCUCGUCACCGGGGAGCUCACCCUCGGCUCCGACAUCUACUCCCUCGGCGUCAUCAUCCUCCGCCUGCUCACGGGACGCCCAGCGCAUCGCAUCGUCAGGGACGUGGAGGAGGCGCUGGAAGGGAAUACCUUCCGCCGGAUGGUGGACCAGUCCGCCGGCGACUGGCCAUUCGUGCAGGCUAAUCAGCUCGUCAACCUCGCCAUGCAGUGCUGCCAGAUGAACCGCAGGGACCGCCCCGACCUCAUCAACGGCGUCUGGAGAGUCCUCGAGCCUAUGAAGAACUCCGCCUCCGCCCUCCCCGCCCCCUCUCUCCGCCUCCCCUCCUCCGACGACGACUCCCACGCCCCCUCCUACUUCCUCUGCCCCAUCUUCCAGGUUACUACUCUUUGCUCUUCUCUCCCUUUUUCUUCUUAUGUCCCAGGUUCGUAGCUUUAUGCUCUCUCUCUCUCCCUCUCUCCCUCUCUCGUUCUUGUUCGUUGCAGGAGGUGAUGAGGGAUCCGCAGGUGGCGGCGGACGGGUUCACCUACGAGGGGGAGGCCGUGAGAGGGUGGUUCGAGAGCAAGAACACCUCCCCCAUGACCAACCUCGUCCUUCCCCACACGCAGCUCAUCCCCAACCUCACCCUCCGGUCUGCCAUCCAGGAGUGGAUGCAACAGCAACACCUUUAA